AUGAAAGUCCACGUGUUUGGCAAUUGUACGUCACCCGCAGUGGCAGCAUAUGGUUUGCGAAAAUCUGCUGAUGAAGCUGCCAACCAGUUUGGUUCUGAUGUGAAAGACUUCAUUCAGAAACAUUUCUACGUGGAUGAUGCACUUAUAUCUGUGUCAACAAGUGAAGAAGCCAUAAGUCUGUUACAAAGAAGUCAAGAAGCGCUCAGGAUGCAUGGCAAGUUGCGCCUUCAUAAAUUCGCAUCAAACAGCGAAGAAGUCAUGGCAGCUAUAUCAUCUGAUGAUCUUGCUAAGGAUCUGGACUUUGACUCAGACCACUUGCCACUUCAAAGGAGUCUUGGUCUACACUGGGAUCUGGCUUUGGAUGCAUUUACGUUUCACAUCUCCAUGGAGGGAAGGCCGUACACUGGUCGUGGCAUUCUAUCGACUGUGCAUAGUAUUUUCGACCCACUUGGAUUUAUUGCGCCAGUCACGAUUCAAGCCCCUACGCAUGGCCACACCAUUCCUAGGCUAGAGUUAUGCACUGCGUUAUUGGCUGUGGAAAUCAAGGACUACAUUCUUGAAAAUGCUGACAUUUCCUUCAACUGCGUGAAACUUUACUCUGAUAGUAAAGUGGCUUUAGGUUACAUACACAACCAAACCAGGCGAUUCUACAUAUACGUUGCAAAUAAGGUAGAGCGUAUAAGAAGGUCAACAGAUGUCAGUCAGUGGAACUACGUUCCAACCUGUAAGAACCCUGCCGAUGAGGGAACUAGGUCCAUUCCAGCUGAAAAUAUGAAAGAUAGCCUGUGGUUGAAGGGACCUACUCAUUUCCUGAAUGUCACUGAAGACGCAUUAAACUUGGAUCAAACUCACGAGUUGGUCAACCCAGAUGAUGAUAGAGAGAUCCGUCCGACAGAAGCAUUAUGCGUUACAAAGACCAAAGUAUCAGGAAAUAGUUCUCUUGGUACUCACAGAUACGAAAGAUUUUCUCGUUGGAGACGUCUCGUACAAGCUAUUGCACGACUGAAAAUCUUUGCAAGAAUGCAUAAGGAUCAAAAGGAACAGGUUAAGAGCACACUUGCAAAAGUGGCGACCUAUCGGGAUGCAGAACUAUUUGAUAUAAAAUCUGUUCAGAGACAGGUAUAUGGCCUGGAAAUUAGCUGUAUCCAGCAAAACAUGCACUUACCAAAGGAUAGCAGUAUCUACAAGCUGUCACCAUUUUUGGAUGCUGAUGGAAUUUUGCGUGUAGGUGGACGGAUUAAGAUGGCGGAUCUUGGGUUUAUAGAGAAGACGCCUCUAUUGCUUCCUGGAAAACAUCAUGUUUCAAGAUUACUUGUAUUACACUUCCACGAGGAAGUUAAGCAUCAAGGAAGAAGCUUCACUGAAGGGACAGUGAGAUCAGCAGGAUACUGGAUCACUGGUUGUAAGAACCUGAUCUCAUCUAUUUUGCACAAGUGUGUUAUUUGUCGCAAACUAAGAGGACGUCUGGACUGGCAGAAAAUGGCAGACUUACCGAAGGAUAAGCUUGAGGUAGCACCACCGUUUACGAAUGUCGGGGUCGACACCUUUGGUCCAUGGUCAGUCGUAUCACGCAAGACUCGAACAGGGAGUGCCAGUUCAAAGCGCUGGGCCAUCAUGUAUACAUGUCUGGUUACUCGAGCAAUUCACAUAGAAGUUGUUGACAAGAUGUCUUCAACAGCUUUCAUCAACUCACUAAAACGGUUCACAGCCAUUAGAGGGAAGGUCAAGAUAUUGUGCUCUGAUCGAGGCACAAAUUUUGUUGGUGCCACGGAUGACCUUCACAUUGAUACAAUAAAUGUAGAAGACGGACCAGUGAAAAACCACCUAUACAACUCCGGAACCACAUGGAUAUUCAACCCUCCCCAUGCUUCCCACAUGGGAGGUGUUUCGGAGAGAAUGGUAGGAGUCACACGUAAAAUAUUAGACUCCAUGCUUUCCAACGUAUCAGACCACAGUCUUACCCAUGAUGUACUGUGCACAUUCAUGGCGGAAGUCUGUGCCAUAAUAAACAACCGACCACUUGUGCCUGUUUCUUCUGAUGUUGACUUUCCUUUUGUUUUAUCACCAGCAUCUAUUCUUACUCAGAAAGUAGGCGAUUCAUGUACCACCACAAAUGACAACCCAGAGACCUUUUCGCUGAAUGAUUUGUACAAGUCGUCAUGGAGAAGAGUGCAAGCACUGUCUGACGCCUUUUGGGCAAGAUGGCCUUUUUACCACAUUCAGACAUUCACAUUUGUCUCUCAGCCAUUUGGAGAGUUACAAUAA